ACCGUUAAUCACUGUAGCGUGACCAUUUACAAACCACGUGGUUACGAGGGAAUCGCGGGAAAAAAACAACAUUUGUUUUGAUUUUUACCGCGAACUAGUAAAUUGUGUCUGUUUUGGUUUUCUAAUUGUUAUUCUAAGAAUGUUGGACCAAGAGGCCGAGUCUACGGACAGUAUAGUGGAGAAGAUCAAGUCACAAUCUUUAAGUUCAUUAAAUAAGCUUGUAAAGGACGCUCUAAGGCCUGGUAACCAUGAAAAAUGCAUGGAACUUUUGCGAGCAAUAUUUCUCGCUUGGGAGAGCAGACCUGAGUUAUCUGAAGUGGUUUCUACAAUUUACAAGAUGUGUUUGAAGUUUGUUCAAGACGCCAAUGUCCGGAACUCAUUUGUAAUGGAUUUGACAGACUUACUAAACCAUGAGGCGAUCCGCCUUUCCCCAUCUGAGUUGGUAGAGUUAUGUUCCAUCAUGUUAACCAUGAUACAUAAUGGGGAGGUGGGCGAUGGUAAAUGGCUCAAAAUAUUCACUAAGAUUGUAAAGGUGGCUGAACUUCACAGCAGUAUUCGUUACGAGAAAUCAGAGGACGUGGUCAGUGGUACUAAGUAUAAGAAGUAUAUUGUGCGAGAACUUUGUUCUUAUAGAUGGCCAACUGAAUCUGUUGUGAAUCUGGCUAAUAUGUUCAAGGACAUAAAACUGGAAUCUGAUGAAAUAGAUUCUGUUUUGUUAAAACUUCUUGACCAGCUACACACCAUUGACCCCCAGCAGCUUCCACCCUAUGUUUACCAGUUGUUAGGUUUAUCAUCAAGUUGUGGAAAGGUGGAAAUUGCUCUGCUUGGUGUUUUAAAACAUUUUGUGUCCUUGGAUGAGAAAUUGGCUGAAGAAGAACAUUCAAUGAAUAUUGACAGUGAAAAUUCACUAAACAUGUCAGUUACGAGUACAAAUGAAUUACGAUCUGUAGAAGGAACAGUCCUUUUAUAUAUCAGUAACACUGUUCGCCAGAAUCAUGCUUUAGGGAAAGGACUUAUGAAAAUACUAAAGAGUGCAAAAGAGACACUCUCCCACGAAGUAAUGUCACCAUUUUUCAUUGCUCUUGGAUUAGUUCUUGCCCAGGAUAGCAGAUAUAAUGAGGAGACACAAACACUUGUGCGGCUGAUUAUUAACAAGAGUUGCCAGGACAGGCAUAAAAUGCAGAAAAGCAAAUGGCUUCAAGAAGUUACAAAAUUCCCGCCCAAUGUAAAAGACAUCUUGCUUAAAGUGGUGAAGAACUGUAGGAAUGGUUGGGAAUAUGUCCUUAGUGGAAUACUGGAUCUCGGGUUUAACCUUAUGUCAUGCUAUGGUCCGAAACCAGGAGCGUUUGGGCGAUGCAUGGAAAGAGAAAUUGCCAAAUCGCAUUCACCAAGACAAGAAUGUUGUGAUAUUGGGUUGACGUUACUGGCUGCUACGUUUAAAACACAUCAUAUAACUAGAAAGGAUAUUAUACAACGUGUUAUUGACCAAAUACAAUCAAGUUCCGAUAUGCCUGCUUAUCAUUUUAUUCGUUUACUAAAGGAAAUAAUAAAAACCUAUCCAUAUGCAUUUCAACAAUCUAUAAAUCAGCUAAAAGCAUUGCUAGAAGAAAUGUACAUGAUGCAUCCGUACAAUGCACACAAGUUAUUACCAGCAAUUAUGCCACUUGUAAAAAACAACGGUGCAUUAAGAGAUUCACUACUUGUGGUUCUUCGUAAGCUGUUGUCUUCACGUGAUGUAAACUGUCGGAUUUCAGCAGCUACUGGCUUCUUACUCGUCGUACAAAACUUUCCUCUUUCUGAAAUAACUUCAUUAAGUCAAAUAUCAAGUCAGUCAACUCAGUCUAUAUUUUCAACUGCCAGCACUCAAACUCAAUCACAACUUGUAGGCAGUCAAGGGCGCAAAGUAAACAAUGAACUUCUUUGCUUGGAAGUUUUACAAACAUUAUCCCAACAUUGCUUCACCCAACAAGCGGAAGUGAAAAUAAUAAUUUAUCGAAAUCUUGCUGAAGUUGUUGCCACAAACCCACGGCUUACACCAUAUAUAUUGGAUUACUUGCUUAACCAUUUAAAGUUAUAUUAUGAAGAGUCAGAAGACAUAAUUCCCCCGUUUAAAUUAUCGAAAUGUAUCGCUACCUCUGCGGAUAAAUCUGUGCUGGCUGAACCGUUUGCUGCUUUGCUUUCUACCAUACAUUUAUGUGUGUAUAAGCUUCGAACAAAUUUAAACGAAGAGGAAUUUGAGGAAAUACUGGACAACGAGGUUGUUGAAAAUAUUCAUGGAAUUUUCCGUUCUCUCACACAGAGAAUGUGCAAAUGUGAACUAGAGGAUUUCCUAUUGGAAAAAGAUAGUGAUUUUUCCAUGACAACAAAAGUUGGACAACGUAAUUAUUUUACUGUUGGUUUGGUUUUGUCACUUUACAAUGUUCUUAUUGAACACAAUGCAAGUGGAAAAGAACUAACUUGUGAAAAUGCUGAAGGUAUCCUCACAUUACAUAGUUGUGUGAAAAGAAUACAAGAUUUCAUUCAAUCAACAAAAUCAACAGAGCUGACGAGUAAAUUAUUCAACGAAAAUCAACAUCAACCUGUUGUUCUACUGCACGUAUCAAAUCUGGUUUAUUCAUUAUUCUUUGAUGACUCCAUGGAAGGAGAUGCAAUUGAUUUGUUACGAAGAAAUGACAACUUUAUCAAACACUUCAUACACACGAUGCACAAUCUACUUAUCUUCACAAAAGAUCACGGAUAUUUUCCUGGCAUUGGAGGAUUAAACAAGAAAGAAAUGUUAUCAUGCAUGGCGCGUGUUGGAAAAUCCACUUUACAUAAGUUUAUGAUGGAAAAAAAUGAUCCUUGUCAGUCUCCAGUGACUUUGUUGUGUCUUGAAUGCUUUCAUCUUACUUUCUUAUACGUGGGGACAUGGCACCCCGAUCAUAUGAUUCAGUUCACUUCAGACGUUAUAAGUCGAGAUGAUGAAGUUAGUCAACCAGACCAACAUAAUAUAACCAUGCUAUUAAAAAGAUUCCAGCGUUUAGUUACCACGUACACUGCACCAGAUAAUUCACCGCUUUCAGCCACGCAUAGAAAAGUUGUUGCUGAGCUCACCAACCUCAUAUCCACGCUUGUUACCACGGCAACUAAUCUCAACCUCAGCUCCACAAUAGAGGAAGCAGCAAAAUGGACACGAAAAAUUUGCGCCGACCAAAAAAUUGACGACACAAAUUCAGUGAAGCGUAUCGUGCAUCUCGUUCUACAAACCAACAACCUCUGUUCCACAAACGUGGAUUCAAUCUUCUAUAACAUUUGUUCUGAUCUUCGCAACGAACUCGGAUCCAUUGAACAAAGUGAUGAGUCACAAUCGGAAACAAAAUUUCGCAUCGUCACCGAGGAAAAUUCACACGUUGUAAUUCCGGUCGUGGUUGGUCAUCUUGAUUCAGUGAUGCAGGACAUGAGUUGGUUGAUAAGUGAUAUGAAGGGGAGGUUGGGGAACAAUGGAAGCAAGAGGAAGGAUGUUGAUCCAGAUGAUGAUGAUGAGGUUAAUGAGGAGAGAAGGAAAGCAGAAGGUUCAUUAUGUGGUAGAAUUACCAAGAUUGCCAUGGGAUUGUUAGACUUAGCACAAACAUCGGCUACAGGAGCUGCCAACUUGGAGCAAUUUGUUCAAGCGUUUACCACUUUCUUCACUUUCCUGAACAUAUUCUCAAAAUUUUACAUUUGGAUCUAUUCACAAGGCAUUGGCCAUAUCCCAUCAAGUUUUGAAAAGUUGUGCAAAUUUGUCAACUCUGACCUACUCCAGUACGUCUAUAGUUUCAUCAUGCACGUAGAAUCAACACAGUCUGAAAGGCUCGGAACAGCUAAAGCGAAAAAAGAUGGAAAGAAAAAAUCCAAAACCAAACUGCCUGAGAAAAUUCAGGCAAUGUCAACGGAUAAAAAAUUGCGCGAAACAAAGGGAGUAGCAAAGUUGAUUUACUCCAUUGAACAACAUGAGAAGAAUCUUGCUCUGCUCGGAAGAAGAGCAAAAGUUGAUCUGAUGCGACAUCAUCGUCUCACAACCACCAGGGAUUUCCGGAUCAUGAAUGAUGUAAUCAGGAGGAGCAGAGAUGAGGAAGAAGCUGACAAAGACUCUGAAGUUGACGAGAAUGAAGAACCAACCAAUAAGAGACCUUGUCUACAAACCUCUGUAGUCUAAUGCCUUACUUACACGAUUUGUUCUUAUGUUUUACUCUGGUAUAUAGUUAGUUGGGGGAGGAUGGGACACCUUUUCGUUCCAUUUAGUAGUAAACAAAGAACAUUCAAAGAAUUAUAAAAACGUAUCCUCACCACUCCCAUAGACUGUUUGUUAUUGUUUAAAACAUGAUCAGGAUAUUAUGUGCUAAAGGUGUCCCAUCUGCCCCCACCCUACUUUGUUUCUGCUAUUCUUGCUUGUAUGGAUUUCUUCUGGAUGUUGAAUAUAUUUAAUUGAGAGUUGUGUACUUGUGUUAUGGCUGUCUAUUGCUGAAUUAUGACUACAGUUUUAUGUAGUCGCAGACAUUUGCAUGUCACAGACUUUUUUUAUGUUUGGAACGAAUAUUUACUGUUUGUCACAGACAUAUAGUGUCUGCCACAGACAUUUUAUGUUCCGCAAUAGCAUAAAAAGACCUUUAUGUUUGUAAAUACA